UGUAUUGUAAUCAUUAUGACGGUUUCUUUAAAGACUGAUGAGAGUGGAGAUCUCGGAGGUGUAAGGGGUAAUUUGGGGAGACCGACCGAGAAGUACAUGCCUUUCUCUCUCUCCCUGAGGGAGCGAGAGAACGAGAGAGAGAAAGGACAAGAAAACAAAGGUUUGGCAGCAGAAGAGAAUCCUGUCUUUCUUCACUUCUGCAAGAAGAGGAAGCCUCCGCUUGCUUGGGUUUGGUGGUUCCCCAUGGCGAUCCAAGAGAAGCUGAUGCAGGCGGCGGUGGAGCACCGGUUCCACCUGGCCGUCGCCGCCGCUCUGGUCGCGGCGCUCUUCUCCCUCCUCAGCCUCGGUCCCAGCUUCUCCGCCGUGGCCGGCUUCUUCUGGCCGCUCCUCGUCUCCACCGGCUUCCUGCUCGUCGCCGUCGCCGUCCUCCUCCGGAUCUCCCCGCCCCCGGGGGAGACCUCCGGGGAGGAGCUCAUCAACUACGUCGCAGGCCGGCCGGAGGACGGCCAGCUAACGAGGGACUACGACGAGGCGGCGGACGGCGUGACGGAUCAGCGGCGAGGAGAAGAGGCGGCGGCGGAGGACGCAGAGCGCCGCAAGUCGCAGUGAGAGUGAGACAAAAGGAGCUUUCCCGUGUUCCGCCGGAACUGGUUAACGCGGAGAAGGUCGCUUGCGUGGAGUGAUAAUGAUGGGCGCGCGCCUCUGGGACCCGCCAAUGGAGAGAGAGAGAGAGAGAGAGAGAGAGGAGGGGUACUGUAGAACAACCGUUCCUCUGCACCGAGGAAUUCGGGAAUAAAAAUAUAUGUAAUCCCAUAAUGCACUUCUUUUCUUUUCGAUGAUAAAAAGACAUGGCCUCUUAUCGUAAGCCAAACCAA